AUGUACCCCGGAAAAUUAUUCUGGGCCUGGGGCGUGCUGGCCCUCGGAGCAGGUGCCCUUCUGCUGUCAGGUCCGCAAUGGAUCGAGUCGAUAAUUUGGACGGGAGGCGGCGGCUCCGCGAGCUCGAUUCCGCUCGACGAGUCGAACGGCGACGGUUCUGCCGUCCUCGAGCGAUCGGCGGCGAAGGAAGGUGCGACUUAUGCCUCGACGGACGGGAUCAUCCUCGAGCAGCGAGAGAUCGAAGGUGACGGGCGAUGGAAGAGGAGCACGCGACUGGGUCCGCGCGACGACGGACCGAUGACCGAGGAGAUGUCCGCGGAAACGAACGUGGUCUAUGAGAAGCAACGGGUGUCGGCGUCGAUCAACGUCGACGAUCGUAAAAUCGACGGUGAGGGACUGUCCCGACAGAGUCUCCACGUGAACGAAGACGGAAGUACGUCGGAUGAAUCCUCGAAGCGGGAUCAACACCCCGUAAUUAUGCGAACCGACGCGCAUUUGAAUACCGAGGCUCGACCAUCGGACGAGAAUAAACCGGGAAGGCUCAUCGAGCGGGAAGGACAGCGUUACAAAAAGGGCGGUGAUCGAACGGUGAUCGACAUUGUAACUUCCCCGACGUUACGUAACGAUAGAUUUGAGAAAGAUAUCGCGGUAGAGACGGGAUCAAGAUUAAAAUCAAAGGUGGAGGAUGGAUGGGGAUUGAGGACCCGUGUCGGGGAUAGAAACGCGCGAGCUCCUAGAUCGCGGGAGGCGAGUAUUAACGUCGAUAACUAUCUCCGCUCCUCGACAUUGAUGCUUCGUCAUAUUCAGAACUCAAAGAGGAUUGGUAAUCAUCGUGUUCCGAAGAUCGGCGCAUCGACGUCGAAGUCAUCAGGCGAUCGAGAAGGAAUUCUCGAGGUGGGUGAGAAGAACGCGCGAUUAGGCGAUCGGUAUAAAACCUUCGAUCCGCACAUCUUGCAGACCACAGGCGCGAUUAUGGAAAUGAAAGAGGAAAUUACUCCCGCAUCUUCCCGAUCUGUAAUCAACGACAGGGACAUCGGAAGACCGAGCGGGGCCGGUGAGACCUCCCGUGCCUCGUCCGGAAAACGAGCUACGAUUCUUGGAUCCUUGGAACGAAAUACCGCGGAAGGGGAUGCGCGGCAAUUCGCUGCAGGAAUGCAGGAGGACCAGCUCCUUUUUUUUCGCGAGGAUCGCGAGCGAGUUCAAUCUUCCGCGAUGAGCCCCGCGGAGGCGAUCCACGAUCGUAAAAAUUGGCCGGCAGAACGGGAUCGCGGAGAUCCUGCUAGGAAGAGACGUGAGACGAGCCGUGAUUGGUUUGCGCGAACUUCGAACCGAUCGCGGAAUUUUCGAGGACGCGGUAACGGUACUCGUCGUGAGGAAAUGCUCGAAAAAUCGAUAAUUGAUAGCAACAAACAAGAUGACAAGAAUAUUAAUAAGUACGACGAUGAAGGGACCGACGUUCCGACCCAUAAGGGCGACAGAUCGCAGAAUAUUUUUUCAGAGGAUCUAAACAGCAGUGUCGGUGGUGAAGCGCGAGAUGAAAAUAAUGAUGAACAAUCUGCGGAUGAUACGGACGCCUUCCAAUUUCUGGAUUCCAUCAUUCCACCGGACAACAAGAGACGCAAAGUGACGCGCGGCGAGGAUCUGAAGGAUCUGAUGGCCACGAGCAAUUUUGUAUGGACCAGUCAGGAUCGCGGUAUCGGCAAUAGAGCCUUCGUCCCGGAGUACCGGCCGACUUUCUCGCAGGACAAUCGCAACACGUCGCACAACGGUUUCUCGAGGAAGAGAAGCCGAGCCGUGGAUCGGCGCGGAAGGGAUGCGCGAGGAGGAACGACCGGCGAGACGGGAUUGGCUGUGAUUCAGAAAGCGGAUCGACUCGGCGAGACGGCGAACGGUGAUCGGCGAAAACGAUACGCGAAUUAUUAUGCCGCGCAAUCGGCCACCCCCAUGGCCUACGUGCACAUUCAACCGGCAUAUCCGGCGGCUCCACCCACAAACCGGAAACCAUGCGUACGGUGCAUGGUCGUCUACAAGCCUUGUCCUUCGCAGCCGCCGCGGCCGCCGCCCAGAAUCGUGCUUCCUAGUUACAGGUACUACGAGCCGGCCACCAAGUGGCGAGGACUCAAGUACGGAUGCGGCUGCAACAAUUUGGGCUCCGCGAGUUCUGCCUGCGAUAUCGUGUCCGGUCAGUGUCAGUGCAAAUCGCAUGUUAUUGGCAGGCAGUGCAACGAAUGCAAGAUCGGUUAUUGGGGAUUGGCGACCGGAGCAGGCUGCGUGUCUUGCGACUGCGAUUCUAUGGGAUCCUAUAAUGCGUCCUGCCACAAUGACACAGGAAAAUGCUACUGCAAGCCGGGUGUGGGUGGUGCGCGCUGCGACAGUUGUCUGUCCGGAUACUAUGGGUUUUCUUUGAACGGCUGUCAGCUGUGCGACUCGUGUGUGCGACCCGGUCACGUGUGCGACCCUGACACCGGUCGCUGCGUGUGUCCCCGCCUGACCUACGGCGAGCACUGCGACCGGUGCAGACCGGGUGCGUGGGGCCUGGUGCCGAGCGUCGGCUGCAAGCCGUGCGCCUGCACCCUGGGCGCCACGCGGCCCCAGUGCGACCAUCAGGGUCAGUGCCCCUGCAGGAUCGGCUACGACGGGCUCAGGUGCGAGAGAUGCGCCAAAGGUUACUACGGCUAUCCGAGGUGCCGUCCUUGCGGCUGCAGCUUGGCCGGCACGACGCACUGCCGGGAUGGCGUCUGCGAGUGCGAUGACAAGGGACAGUGCCCGUGCAAGGAACUGGUCACCGGACGACAGUGCAACCAGUGCAAGGAAGGCACGUUCGGCCUUGCGACGUACAAUGCCAGAGGAUGCACCGAGUGUUUCUGCUUCGGAAGGAGCACUCUGUGUCAGCAGGCUGGACUCAGUUGGGGCCAACGUAGAUUGACUCGACCCCGCGUUCUUUACGUCAACGACACGGUCAACGACAUAAUAAUAACAAACUUCGGCUCCACGACUAUAUUGCCAGCGGUAAACGGCGGGUUGAACGUGACAAACGGCCUCUCCGUAAUCCCUGGAUCCGACGGCGACGUUACAUUGUCCACAAAUCUUUAUUACAGUUAUCCGUUAUAUUGGAGACUACCGGAUUCUUUUCUAGGCGAUAAGGUCGUCUCUUACGGAGGAUUCCUGCGCUUUAAAACCUCGACGGAAGGUGGGAUACCACUAAGAUCGAAUCUUCGAUAUCCCGUGGUGCAGUUGCAGGGCAACAAUAAGAUUGUCUUGGAGUAUUAUCUGCAUCUACCAGUGAGCGAUAAUCGUUACGAAGUCAGAUUCCAUGAGUCACUGUGGCAAUUACAAAACAGACCGGACUACAAAGUCUCCAGGGAGGUCCUGAUGGUUGCGUUACAAAAUCUGCAGUACAUCCUCGUGAAAGCCUCCGACAGCGCCGAAUUCACGAGAACCACACUGCUGGAAGCUUCUCUCGACGCCGCCGUCCUGAUACCUACGCACUCGCCACCGCUGGCGACUGGAGUGGAGAUCUGCCAGUGCCCGUCGGAAUACAACGGCACGUCUUGCCAGGAUCCCAGCAUCGGCUUUUACAGGUGGUACAAGAACACCACCGCCACGUCCACCAUCGUGAUCGAUCUUGUUGGACAGGCCAGGCGCUGCCAGUGCAACGGGAGAUCCGAGGUGUGCGACAGGGAGACGGGAUAUUGCUUGAAUUGCAGAGAAAACACAAUCGGUGGUUAUUGCAACGAUUGCGCUGACAGUUUCUACGGUCACCCGGAUAUUGGAGGCUGCAAGCCAUGUCCAUGCCCGCAGGUCGAUAAGAGAUUUUCGAGUACCUGCGUCAUUCAUGCGGACAACGAUCCUAUUUGUCACUGCAAGCCAGGUUACGUCGGUAGAAAAUGUGAACGUUGCGCCUACGGCUAUUACGGCUCUCCUGGCCUUCCGGACGGCAAGUGCGUUCCGUGCAAUUGCAACUUGGCAGGAAGUUUGAGCAACGUCUGCGACGGCGAGACAGGACAGUGCAAAUGCAGGCACGGUUCUACGGGCAGAGAUUGCUCCCAGUGCACGGCGUAUCGACACGUUUACAUAAACGACGUUUGCACUUCCUGCGAUGACAAUUGUACGGGAAUUCUGCUCGAUACUGUCGCGAUGCUGUCCGAGGAACUGGCCGGGGAAACGAGCCACAUAGCAGACGGAUACAUUCCACCCCCGUGGGAAGAACUGUCGCAUAUCGAUUCCAACGUGACUGCAUAUCUCAAGGAAUUGGAACUUCGAACUCAACUGCUGCAAAGAAUGAAAAGUGUGCCGUGGCAUGAAUACAAGAAACUGGCGGAAGAAGUUGAAGCUAUGUUAAGAGAUUUCAUUAAUCAUGCAAAACAUGCUGAUACGUUGAAGACCAAGAGCAACGAUUUGAAAAAUAAUGUUUUUACAGCGAAGAUCACGCUUGACAAUUUAAGAAAAGACAUAGGGGAUACAAUUUCGGAACUGAAUCAAUACAGCAACGACAAUAGGAAAAUAGAAAUCAAGAAGGCCUUAAAAACUGCAAAGAUGAUUUUGAAUUAUCUAAAAUCCGUCGACAUAAGCAAGAGAACUGCAGAAGUGGAAAACUUCCUUGACGAUGUUACCAAAUAUGUGGCGUGGCUAAACUCUCUUUACGAUGCGACUGAGCCUUUGGCGGCAGCUCAGGACGACGCUAAAGAUUACGAGAUAAAGUUGGACGACAUGAGAGCGGUUAUAGAAAACACCAUGGAAACUCUCUUCAACUACGAUAGUUUGUACAACAAUAUGAACGGGACAUUCGCCGAGGCCAAAAACCAAUGCGCCCGUAUCGGGACACUGCACGACGAAGCAAACGAAACAAUUACCGAGGGGAAGAAACUCGUCGACGAGGCUCAUGGACUGUUUGUCGACGCGGAAAACAAUAUUCAAGAUCUCCCAGACUCACGGGAUAAAUUAACAUACUGGACGAAGAAGCUGAGCAUGAAGGAGGAACUCCUGUACCGGCUAAAUUACGAAUACGACGAGAAGUAUGUGGUCCCGGCAGUGCAACACGCGAAGAAUCUGUCUAACUACGUCGAUCAGUAUGUCAGUUUGUUCGCCGAGACACGAGAUAUCGCAGCUAGUCCUCUGAAGGCAAGCCAGGCCUACAAGAAUAUCGUCGACGGCCUGCAAGUGGCAAAAAUCACCGCAUUAGCAGCCAAGGAAUGCAUCGAGGACGUGCAUAAGAAGAUAUAUCCUCCUUCGGGAGAAAAAUCGCUGUUGGACGAUACUAAGGAAGUAUUAGCCAAGUCAUCUAAACAGUGGGAAACAGCAAAGGAACACGGUAAACUAGUCAAGAACGCGAAUGCCGUAUUGGAAGCUCAGAAGCAAGCCGUUCUCGUUUUGAAAGAUACAUUGAACAACACUGGGAUAAAGGAUAACGAGAUAAAUGUAAAACUGCGAGAGUUGCAAAGUAAUAGUAAGAAAUUGCAUGAAGAUCUAUUGGAUAUCUUGGAGGACAACGACGAAGUAGCGGGAUCAGUAAAAAACACGCAACGAUUGAUCGACGAUUACAAACAAGGCAUCGCCGAAAGACUGAAGCCAAAACUGCUCGAAUUGAAGCACGAAGGCGAUUCGAAGAUUGGCCUCGCCAGCGAAAAGUUAUCAGAAGCGUUGAGUAAUAUUAAGAAAGCCGAUGCGAAGUUAAUAAGCUUAUCGAAUGCGGCAAUGAAGCGGAAAGCUGUUUUCGACAAAUGGAACGACACGUUAGCCACAAAACUGCAAAAUCUGAAAGACAAAAUUGCAGAGGCUAGAAAUACCGCCGAAGGAAUUCGAAUUUCUCUGCGAUCGGUGGAGAGUAAGGAAUGUAUCCGUUCGUACAGACCGACGACGUUGCAAUCCUCAUCAACGACGUCGAUCGUGAUAACAUUCGCGCUUCCCACUGCGCGCAAGGAGGGUUCCUUGUUUUACUUGCCUAGUGGAGUUAAUGAUGAUUUCGUCGCUCUAGAGAUAGUUGACAAAAAGAUACGAUUCCUGUGGAACGUCGGUGGUGGUACAGGCGUACUAACGCAUCCUGAGAUCAUCGAAAGCGGCGAUCUUCAGAAUGACAAGUUUUGGUAUCGAAUUGAGGCUGAGAGGAUACGACACACAGGCAAGCUGAACGUGCACAAACAGUUUUCGACGUCCGGAAAGUAUCUUCCUGUCAUCAACAAUACUAACUCCGAGUAUGGUCGUUUCGACGUUCUACCUACAGACCGAGUGUGGAUAGGAGGUAUUCCUAAGUCGCAGAGACGACCGACGGAAUUGAUCGCUGGUAACGGUCUUCCGGGUUGUAUUCAUCAAGUGAUUCUCGACGGAAGGCAAAUCGGCCUCUGGAAUUUCAUCACGACAGCACCGGACAUGGCUUGCAAAGCUUGCGUAGAGGGAGUGGAAGAUGCCAGAGAUGACAUAGCUUACAACUUCAAUGGAGAAGGCUACGCCGUGAGAAACCGAGUCUCGUCUGGUCCAUACAAUAAAUAUAUGUUUGGAGUCUCAAUUAGUUUUCGAACAUACGAUGAGAAUGCGUUGCUAUUUCUGGCCAUUAACAAAGAUAAUAAUCAGCACAUCAUGAUUUUCCUGCGGGAAGGCAGAGUGAUUCUUCACGUCGGCUACGGCGGAAACAUUAGUAUGGAGAUGUCCUCGAUUUUCAAAUACAACACCGGCAACUGGACAAAAGUGGACGCAUUCCGUCAGUAUCAAGUACGCAAGAAUAUAGAAAAAUGCAGCCUUAGCAUCGGCGGCGACAAUGAUAAGCGAAUCGUUGCGCCCACGCCACAGCCUACGAAGGAGGACAUUCCGGAUUUGUCGCAGGCCAAGUAUUACAUCGGUGGAUUGCCACCGAGCUUUCGCGCCGAGAAACUGAUAUUACCCUCGCAGGUGUCGUUCCUCGGCUGUAUGGCCAAUAUAAUAGUGCAGGAGGGUUACGACCCAAUGGCCGAGCAGUAUUACGGGGUGGAAUCCAGUUGCGGUAAUAAGCCAUUGAAGAUAGUCGGAUUUUAUGGGGAUGGAUAUCUCGAACACUCUGCAUUUACUCUGCGAAAAAUACAAUCUGUUUUAAGUUUCUCCUUCAGAACCAUGCAAGAGGCAGCUAUGCUCCUUCUUUCCACGUUUGAGGGCUACGAAGAUAGAAUGAGUGAUAAUUUGAAGGAAGCAGCGCAUAAAAGCAGCUAUUACUCCGUGUGCAUUCUCAACGGACAAGUGCAAGUGCGCUUAAAUGCCGGUCAGGGCGAGCUGUUUCUCCAAUCGAACAAUACUUUCAACGACGGGAGAUAUCACUCGGUCACCGUCAUUAAAAAACGAAAAGAAUUAGAGCUGAGAAUCGACGAUGCAUAUCAAACAUCAGGAAGAUUACGCAGUAGUAUCGCGAUCAAAGCUCCCGAAAACGGGGGACUUUUCUUUGGUGGACUACCGGCUCUCAUCAAUAAUACUAAAAUGAUCGCAACUAAUACGCCACUGUACGGUGCUAUCAAAGAUGUGAUUUUCAAUGAUCUAACUCUUCGGUUCGACGAUGCAGUUAAUUUCGAUCACGCUCUAAUCGGUCGUCCCGGACCGAGUAUGGGGAAAGAUACGCCGAAUUACACACCAUCGGCGUCACUGUCCCGAGGGAUGUCCACGCAGCCCGAAGGGUGCCAGAAAGUGCCUUACUACUCGCUGGAACCGGGCGCUUUGAAAUUCGGCGACAAGCCGCACAGUCAUACGCAGCUCUAUCUCAACUUCAAGAAAUUCUGGGAAAAGAAAUAUGUGAUAGAAUUUGAUUUUAGAACGUACUAUCCUAACGGGCUGCUGUUCAUCACUCCGGGUCUUCGAUUGAAACAUUAUCUGAUGGUGCUCAUCCGGGACGGACAGCUUCUUUUGGUAGUGAAAAGCAAACAAAAGAAGGAAAUACUAUUUAAGACUCCGUUUAAUGAUGGCAAUUGGCAUCACGUUGUUAUCAGUCACGAGGAGAGGAAGCUUAUCCUAUUAGUGGAUACCCAGACACCGCGCGUCCUCAAAGUACCGAAGAGGAUCGGCCUCGCGUCCAUGAUGUAUAUCGGCGGUCUCCCGGAAAGCGGAACGCCCAUCCCGGAACAAGUGGUCGUCAGAUUGGAGACACUGAAGGGAUGUAUCAGAGGCUUGAAGAUCAAUGGAAAUGUCUACGACAUGGUAGGUUCUACCAGUAGAGCCUUCAACGUCGGUCAGUGCUUCCCGAGUGUCGAAAGCGGAGCGUAUUUCCAGGGCGAAGCCUACGCUAUUUAUCGAAACAACUUCAAGGUGGACGGCUUGCUCGAACUUCAACUGGAAUUCAGAACGUCGGAAGUAUCCGGCGUGUUGUUGUCGAUCACCGCACCCAGUGGCUCGCCUUCUCUGUCACUGGAACUGCACAGCGGUAAGGUGAUCAUGUCGGGCGAUUUGGGCGACAACAAUCCGCUGUAUGUGGAACAGGGAUUCGCUAGCCAGUACGCAAUCUGCGACAAUCGAUGGCACAGAAUCCAGGCCGUGUACAACGACGAGGAACUGGAGCUCAAGGUGGACGAGCUGGACCAAAAAUACGGCUUGCCCGCAAACGUCAAUUAUCCUUUCAAUAGCUCCAUGUUCUCCGGCCCGUUGUAUAUAGGCGGUAUACCAGCAACCGCUCAGAAAGGCUCGCUGUUAACGCGGGACCACUUCAACGGGUGCAUCAGGAAUGUGAUGAUAGGAAGGGAAAGGCGAGACUGGACGGAUAUGGCCGAACUGCACAACAUCCACCUGAGCUCCUGCCCGGUUCAAUGAUAGCGAAAUAUGAAGAGGGAAAAUAAUUACCUCGGCGUUCAGCGCUUUUAGUUCCAAAGAUUGCUCGAGGAGCCGCGUUGGAUUCAACAAUCGCACCGGGAUUUAACGUGCCAUAUAUUCGCAGGCGACGAGUUCUUUAAAAGACUUAACAAAGCCAAAAGAUGCUAAACCGUAGAUCGUUUCGUUAGGCUAAUCGUCGUAACAUGAAGAUAGAAAAAAAAAAGAAGGGAGGAAAGGAGAGACCGCGUACGCGUCGGUCUCGCCGUGACGGACAAACGGUGGCACGAACAAUUUCGCACACAGGUACGCGUAAUGCGCGCGGACGGUGACACUUUACGCGUAAUUAGCGAGACCACUGCCAUAUAGUUUAAUUAUACGCUGUAAGCCGCAAACAAUUUGUACAUCAGUAUUUAAAAGCCAUUAUUUAUUAUCGUUAACGUAGGUCCGAUCUCGAGAAUUCGAUGAUCGUCCCGUCGACGAGUUAGCGAAUAGAGAAUAACGCGAUUAUGUUUUAUACUUUUAUAAUUAGACUUCUACCGGAGCCCGAUAUGUAUUUUGUACAUUGUAGAUUUUGUAUUCGAACGAUUUUUCGCGAGACAUGCAAGUGCCCUGUAAAAAAAAAAGAAGUGUCCUUUGAUCACGCACACAGAGAGAUAAUGUUCGAAGAAUAUUUAUAUCUAAUCUCUCUCUCAUACAUAACACACGCACACGACUCUUGUUGAACUGUAAUAUAUUACAUAUACACAAGGAAAAUUAACAAAUGACGAAUCCGCUGUUGUGUAUAAAAUAUAUAAUAUAACAAGAGAAAAAGCGCAUGGAGCAGUGUCGCUUUGACUUAUUCUCUUUAACGCUCUUCUUAAGGUCCUCUAGGAAACUUUAGACGCAGCUUUAUAAAAUUUCACAAUGCAAUUUUCCUUCGAAACAGAGGAUAAAUUAUCGAACGUGAAAAAUUGAAGAGUUCUGAAGAAUUAGGCAUUCGAAGAGAGAGAGGUAAGAAAAUCUUAUUCUUAUUUACGAAUGGAAUCUUCGCUUUAAGAUAUUUUAUAUUAAAAAUUGAAGCUCAAGAGAUAAAUCCAG